AUUGAUCAUUUGCGGUUUGUUUGUAUGCUCUAGAUUGGUGUUUUUUGUAUGAUUAAUUUGUAUGAGAAAAUUGAUGUUAAACUUUUAUUUUGAAAGAAACUUGUUAUUGUAAAUUUUUACCACAAAAACCCACGGGUACCCAUGAACCCGCAAUUACCCAGCGGGUUGGGUUGGGUUUGAAUUUUUCAAACCCAACGGGUUUUACCCCGAAUUUUUUUGGCGGAUAAACCCAUGGAUUUGGGUUUGGGUUUGACAAAACCCGCCCCAACCCGACCCAUUGCCAUCCUAUAUGCCAUGAGCCCAUGAUUGGUUGUGCUGUGUUUUAUUUAUUUUUUAUUUAAUUUCUUGUGUGAGAAGAGACUAGACUCUAGAAGCCAAGAGCGGAUUUCAACGGGCAAGGAAGACGAGAGUAGAUUAGUAAUUUAACACCACUUUUGUCCCCCGACAACGUCACACGGCGAAUCCCGCGCGUCGAAGACCGAUCCCUUACACCGCGCUUUUACUACUGGAAUGUCCAAUAUGCCCCCUCUCCCUCCUUACUCCAAACCUUUUUUACUUCUUCUUACCCUCCGGAUUCGCCAGUGAUCUUCUUUUCUUUUCUUCUUCAAUCCUUCAUUCCCUCUCCUUGAACCGAAACCCUAAACCACAAAUUCCGAUCCCAAUCCCCGAUCUCAGCGUUCGUGAUUGCUCCCUGCUACUAUGACCAAGGAAUUCAACGUGCCACCCGUCAUUUUCCCAUCCGGCGGCAAUCCGAUUGUCACCGGCGGAGCCAAUAUGCAGCAGCGGCGAGUCCCGACGGCGCCGUUCCCUCCUAGGACUUCCAACUCCGGAAUCCCUUUCAUGUCUUUCGAGAUCGGCUCCGCCCCCACCGCCUCCUACGGCAGCGGCACCAUCGGUGGAGGCCCCGUUCCCUCCGCUGCUAAUUUCGAAGAAGAACAGCCUCUUCUUGACGAGCUCGGUAUCCAUCCCGACCAAAUCUGGCGGAAGACGAAAUCGAUACUCAAUCCUUUCCGGGUUAACUCCGACGUUCACAAGGACUCUGAUCUAUCUGGCCCCAUGUUCUUGUACAUCCUGCUCUGCAUCUUUCAGUUACUCGCGGGGAAGAUUCAAUUCGGGGUGAUUCUAGGGUGGAUUGUUGUGUCUUCGAUCUUCUUGUACGUCGUUUUCAACAUGCUCGCCGGGAGGAACGGGAAUUUGGAUCUGCACACUUGUACGAGCGUGGUUGGCUAUUGUUUGCUUCCGGUGGUGAUGUUGUCAGCAAUUUCUCUUUUCUUGCCACAGAACGGGGGUAUCAGGUUUGUACUCUCUGGAGUUUUCGUGAUCUGGGCAACCAGGGCUUGCACCAAUCUCAUGGUAGCAGUGGCCAGAGGUGGAGAGGAACAUCGUGGGUUGAUUGCCUACGCUUGUUUCUUGAUUUACACUCUGUUUUCGUUGCUUGUUAUAUUUUAGAGCAUAGAACUUGUACAACUCAAGGGGCUGGCAUCUGAAGAGUUCUUUGUUUACUAGUUAAUGAAUCUCAGUAUUGCUGAGAAUUCUUUUUCGUUGUUAAAGGUGUUCAUGGAUGACCCUGGUCUUUCAUGCUUUUGGUGGGCAUAUAAUAGAUGGAGGUGAUGAUUUUACCUGUAUAUGCCCUAAUUCUUGUUGUAGGAAAACGUCAAGGUUUUUUGGGUCUGUGUUACUUAUUUCGUUUGACACUGAACUUCUUUCGUCUCAAACCAUUCAAAGUGGGAAAGAGUUGUUGUAAUGCUGGUACCUGGUCCUUGAUAUCUCUGUCAGUUUAGGGCUUUAUUUACCUAUGAGAACUGAGAACUAAGGAUGGCAAGUAGUUUGCCCAUUUCUAAAUUGGGAUGUAUACUACAUUUGAUAUCAGGUGCUGACUUAACUGUUCUUUACUUGCUAAUUAGAAUCGGUAUCCGAAAUGGCCGCUAACUUGGUGCUGAUUGGUUUGCAUUCUGAAUUCUGUGCAAGUGAUUUUGACUCUUUGAGGUAUCAGUUUUAUUGGCGCCAGAGUAUGUAGAAUUGGUUCAGGCUUGUUAACUGCUGUCUGUUGGACGACUCUUGAUUUUGCUCAGGGCCUUUGAUUGUUCUCGGGGUAGUACGUAAUCUGAUCUGAUAGUGCUUCACGGAUUAACUUUUUCAAUUCUUAGGCAUUCGAGUGUUUGUUAUGGGGUGUUAAGAUUUCAUCUUAGUUUGACAUAGUAAUGUGCUACUUGAUCAAGGAAUUGACCUGCCAUAUAUCCUAGUUUUUGUAUUAUGAAAUAUUAUCCUAGUUAUAUUGGCUCCAUGCUAGUCUAACAUGAAAUCAUUAGUGAUUUAGCAUCGAGUAUUAGUGGCCAAAUGAAAUCAUUAGUGAUGA